UUUGCAAUGCAUGCGUUUGCAUGAUAGCAUUUCGCCUGCCUCAACACUGUCCGCCGGGCUCACGAAGCCAGACGUCAUGCCAGAAAAUAUCGCGGGAUUGCAUGCUUGAUACAUGAGCGGCGUCCUCACCGUGUCCGGGAAUGCACACAAAGCUACGCCAACUCCUUUGCGCAAUCAUGUCUUUCUGGAUUUCACAGUACUAAAUGCAUCUUCUUAGAUUAUCUGCUAACGUGAUGAUGUUUGCAGCAAAAUGUUUAUUGGUGGUUUGAACUGGGAAACAACAGAUCAAUCGCUUAGGGAGUAUUUUUCGCAGUUUGGCGAGGUCACAGAAUGCACUGUUAUGCGAGAUGGCGCUACCGGACGUUCUCGUGGUUUCGGCUUCCUCACUUUCAGAGACCCCAAAACUGUUAACAUCGUCAUGGUGAAGGAGCAUCAGCUCGAUGGCAAGAUUAUUGAUCCCAAGAGAGCUAUUCCUCGCGAUGAGCAGGAGCGCACCAGCAAGAUCUUUGUUGGUGGUGUCUCUCAGGAAGCCACUGAAGCAGACUUCAAGAAUUUCUUCAUGCAGUUCGGUCGCGUUCUCGAUGCCACCUUGAUGAUGGACAAGGAUACUGGCCGUCCUCGUGGUUUCGGUUUCGUCACCUUCGACAGCGAAGCCGCCGUCGACCGUACUCUUGAACGUCCUCUAGAGAUCUUGGGCAAGUACAUCGAAGUCAAGAAGGCUCAGCCCAGAGGCAACCUUCGCGGCAAUGAAGACAACAACAACGGCGGCUUCAAGAAACAGAGCUUCGGUGGCCAGCAAGGUGGUUUCGAUCCCAGCCAGCAAGCAGGCAUGCAACAGGGCGGUCCUGCUGGUAUGGGUGGCAACCAAAUGAGCCCGGCUAUGAUGGCUCAGUACUGGCAACGCAUGCAGCAAUACUUCCAGAUGAUGCAACAGCAGUUGGCUACAAGUAUGGGAGGUGGUGGCAACCCUAUGAUGGGUGGCGCUGGUGGCAUGAACCCUCAGAUGAUGCAGCAGAUGAUGGCUAUGCAACAGGGUAUGGGUCAAGGCGGUAUGAACCCUGCUAUGAUGCAGCAAAUGCAACAAAUGCAGCAGCAGAUGCAAGGCGGUGGCCCUGGUAACUCAGGCAGCCCGGCACCCUCCGGUAACCCCAUGUCUCCCAUGAACGGUGGCCCCGGUCAGAGACCCGCAUACAACGCUCAAGAACAACUCGCCUUCGAACAACAGAAGUACGAACGCCAACAACAACAGCGUGGUGGCGUGCCCGCUGCUGCAACCCCCAACAGCAGCAACGGCUUCCAACCCUCGGGCUCACCCACAAGCUGGGAGGGCAUGUACGACGACAUUCCCGCACCCAACCAAGGCGGCGGUCCUGGAAGCAACAACGGCGGUUUUGCCCCUCGCGGUGGAUUUGGCGGAAGAGGACGCGGCAGAGGGGGUGGUGGUCACACUCCCACGCCUGCGGGUCCUUCGAAUGCACCGGCUAAUGCGCCCACAGGCCCUAAGAAUGCUGGAAGACCUGGCGCCAACUACAGAGGAGGUGGUAGAGGUGGCCACCGCGGUUUCCACCCCUAUGCUCGUGGAGGUGGUGGCGCUUAGAGUGUGCCAUGCUCGCGAUGGCAGGAUGAGCUCGAGACAUUGGUUGCAGAAGGCGUCAAGCUUUGGUUGUCCCUUUUCCAGCGAGCUCCCAUCAUUCAAACUCGACCUCAUUCGGUCUUGCUUUUC